AUGGUGACACUCCUAAAAUCUAUAGAUAGCAAGACCUGGAAAGCUAUCAUCAAGGGUUGGGAACAUCCUAUCAUGAAGGACAAAGAUGGGAAGGCUAUGGAUGACUUGAAGCCUAAAGAGGACUGGUCUAAGGAAGAAGAUGAACAGGCUCUUGGAAACUCCAAAGCUUUGAAUGCUCUAUUCAAUGGAGUCUACAAAACAUAUUCAGGAAUGACUAAUGUUAUUGUACUGCUUGGGAGACAAUUCAACAAGGUAUUGAAGAGAAUGGACAAGAAGAAGAUUGUGUCUAAAGAAGCCAUCAGAGGUAUUCCCAAGCUCAAGAUUGAGGAAGGUAAAAUAUGUGGUGGGUGUCAAAUUGGGACCAUGCAAAAUGGAGUUGUUGGGUGCAAGAAUAUGACUCUACAAGAGUCAAUUAGAGUCAUGCUUCAUACUAAGCAUCUUCCCUACCAAUUUUGGGCUAAAGCAAUGAAUACUGCUGGCUAUAUUCAUAAUAGGGUCACUCUGAGAAUUGGUAUUUCAUUUACUCUCUAUGAAUUAUGGAAAGGGAGGAAGCCUACUAUUAAAUACUUUCAUGUGUUUGGAAGUAAAUAUUACUUCUUAGCUGAUCGAGAACAAAGAAGAAAAAUAGAUCCCAAAAGUGAUGAAGGAAUAUUUAUGGGUUACUCUCCAAAUAGAAGAGCUUACAGAGUCUUCAACUCAAGGACCAAAGUCAUGAUGGAAUCCAUUAAUGUUGUAAUGGAUGAUACAAUCACGGAGAAAGGAACUGAUGUCGAAGAAGAUGUUGGAACAUCAUCUUAG